AUGGCAGCAUACAAUUUUUCGAUUGUGCAUCUUUCAGUUUUCUUUUGCUAUGCCAUUUCUUUAGUGUCUUCUUUUUAUGGUGGUGGUUUUAGUGUUGAUUUAAUUCAUCGAGAUUCUCCUCUUUCUCCAUUUUACAGCUCAACAGACAAAGCUUCUGAUCGAGCUGAGAGUGCCAUUCGUCGUUCCAUUGAGCGUUGCAGUCACUUCAGUAAGAAGAAACCUUCGUCAGAAAAAUCAUCAAACAAACUCGGUAACAUAACGUCAACUGUAACACAAGGAGUUGUGGGUGACUAUCUAAUGUUACUUGCAGUUGGAACACCAGCACUUCCGCUAUUAGCAAUUGCCGAUACGGGUAGUGAUAUUAUAUGGUUUCAGUGUACACCUUGUGAUGUUUGUUUUCCACAAACAACCUCUCCAAUAUUUGCACCUGAAAAUUCGUCUACUUAUGAAAAUAUUCCUUGCACAACAAAAGAAUGUGAUGCUCUAAGUAGUGUCAGUAAUGUUAUCCCCUGUGAUGGUAGUGCUUGUAAAUAUAAUAUAAGUUAUGGAGAUGGAUCGAUCUCUAUCGGAAACUUCGCACGUGAGACCCUAACUUUUCAAUCAACCGAAGGUACUGAAUCAGCUAUAUCAGUUACUAACAUGGCUUUUGGUUGUGGUCAUAACAACACUGGAAUAUUCAGUGCACUUGAAGCUGCAAGUAAAUUAAACUUUGGAAGCAACCCUAAGCUAGUUGAUGGAUCAAAAGUUUCAACUCUGAUAAUCUUUAAAGAAAACCAAUCUUUCUAUUAUCUGACACUUGAAGCUAUUAGUGUUGGUGAUAUUAGAGUUCCUUUCAACACCAGUACUAGCAGCAGUAAUGAAGUACUACUUGAAAGUGGGAAUAUAAUUAUCGACUUCGGUUCUACUAUAACAGCCAAAACACGUAUUGUUUGGGAGAGAACACAACUAUAA